AUAUAAGGAGAGGGAUGGGAGCGCGUUCACAGCACACAGCGAAGCGCGCUCACCGAGAGCACAGGAGCUCCUCCGGCUUCCAGCCUACACACCUACUACAACACACCGCCGCGUGCUCACCCUCAGAGCACUGAAGAGGAGCUUAACGCCUAAGGAAUUGUCCAUUUUUGUUUGGGUUUCUUGGAGAAGAAGAAGAAGAAGAAGAAGAAGAGCAAGAUGAUGUCUCUUUUGUCAGUGGUCUUGAUACUCUUGGGGGGCUUCAGCAUGGUAUUCAGCACAUGCCCUGAGGAGUGCGAGUGUCCCCUAGAGCUGCCCAAGUGCGCACCGGGAGUCAGCCUGGUGUCGGACGCCUGCGGGUGCUGCAAGGUGUGCGCGAGGCAGCUGAAUGAAGACUGCAGCAAGACAGAGCCCUGCGACCACACCAAAGGGCUGGAGUGCAACUUCGGGGCUAGUUUCGGAGCAGCCAGAGGCAUCUGCCGAGCCAAAUCCGAAGGCAGACCCUGCGAGUACAACAGCAGGAUCUACCAGAAUGGAGAGAGCUUCCAGCCCAACUGCAAACACCAGUGCACAUGCAUUGACGGAGCAGUAGGCUGCAUACCUCUCUGUCCCCAGGAACUGUCCCUGCCCACCCUGGGCUGUUCAAACCCCAGGCUGGUCAAGGUACCCGGCCAGUGCUGCGAGGAAUGGGUGUGCGACGACUCAGCACAGCUGGAUCCCUCCGACAAGCUUUUCGGCAAGGAGAUCAUGCCCGACGAGACAGAGAACGACCUCACCAACCGGAACGAGCUGGUGGCCAAUGUGAAGGCUGGCCUGAAAUCUCUUCCCGCAUUCAGAGUCCAUGCUGAGACCCACAUGUUCGGCAGCCAGAAGUGCAUUGUUCAGACCACACCCUGGUCACAGUGUUCCAAGUCCUGUGGCACCGGCAUCUCCACCAGGGUCACCAACAACAACGCAGAGUGCAAGCUGGUCAAGGAGAGCAGGAUCUGCGAGGUCCGCCCCUGCACACAGUCUCCAUACUCCAGUCUUAAGAAAGGGAAGAAGUGCAACAGAACCAAAAAGUCCGCCCAGCCAGUCAAGUUCACCUUCGCCGGCUGCUCCAGCCUGAAGAAGUACCGUCCCAAGUACUGUGGCUCCUGCGUGGAUGGUCGCUGCUGCAGCCCCCAGCAGACCCGUACUGUUCGCGUCAAGUUCCGCUGCGAGGACGGCGAGACCUUCAACAAGAACGUGAUGCUGAUCGAGACCUGCAAGUGCACCUCUAACUGCCCCCACGCCAACGAGGCCUCCUACCCCUUCUACCGGCUCUUCAACGACAUACACAAGUUCAGAGACUAAGGCGGGGAGGGAAUCCCGGUUAUGGAAUGACGUCAAUGGUGACGUCAGAGCGGCCAAUCGCAGCUUGGCUGGAAAUCGGAGGCCCACCCCCUUCGGCCAGUCGACUACCACCGUUAGAUUCCCACGGAAUCAUGGGCUUUCAUUGAGGAGUUUGGCGAAGUGCACUGUUUGCUGAGGCCUUGUCAGCGUUCGAUACUUUCAACUUUUGAAAGACUCGCUCCACAGUGGAGCAAUACGUUUUGGUAGCUUCAUUAUGGAGCAACUUGUAAAGUCAAGUACAUUUUGUAAAACGUAGUUGUUAAUGUUCAAUUUCUUGUGUGUAUAUUUUGAUCUCUGAACACAAAAUGCAUCCCUACAACUGUAGACUUGUAUGUGUAUGUAUCUCCAAAUAUGCAUAUGUGCACAUGCAUCAUUUCGCUCGCGUUCAUAAAAACCACGCUCCUGUCAUUUCAUCAGUUACGCCAUGCUGUGGUAUUCCAACACAAUAUAUGUGGUAACAUUCCUUCCUAAUGUGGACAAAUGGGUUCAUAUUGUUCGGCAGCUAUUGAAAACCAUCCCGACGUCAGAGAAUUAGCAACAAAGUUGACUUAAAGAAUGAAUGUUUUUAUUAUUGUUAUUAAUAUUAUUUAUCAGAAAUGUAGCUACUUUAUUUGAAUAUUGUCAUACUGGAAUAAAGUGUAAAAUGAUCUAAUUUUAUAUGUUACAAAUAAAAAAAGAUUUAUUUAUGACAUUAA